AUGGAGGACGAAGUGCGCUGUCUCAGCCAUUCCCAGUUUGGCUCUCCGGGAGAUGUGGUGCAGUUGGAGAAGGUGAAGCUGUCCGGGGAGCUGCAAGAGGCGGAGGUGUACCUGAAAAUCCUUGCUUCGCCCGUGAAUCCGGCCGAUUUGAUCACCAUCACGGGCAACUAUGCCAUCAAGCCACUCCUGCCCAGUGUUCCCGGGAAUGAGUGCGUCGCCAGGGUGAUGAACAUCGGCAGUGGCGUGAAGAAUCUAUCCGUGGGUGAUCUCGUUGUGCCUUUCCGGAGUGGAUUGGGAACAUGGCGCUCCGCGGGUGUCUUCAAUGCCACCGACUGGUUCCCAGUGCCUCACGACUUGGGCACUGUCGAGGCUGCCACGCUCACGGUGAAUCCCACCACAGCUUAUCGCAUGCUGAAGGACUUCGCUGACCUCAAGCCAGGCGACACAGUGAUCCAGAACGCGGCCAACAGCGCCGUGGGCCAGAUUGUGUUGCAGAUGUGCCGUAAGUGGGGCAUCAAUUGCAUAGGUGUUGUGAGAUCGCGGCCGGACAUCGAUACCCUGAAGGCAGCACUGAAAUCUCUGGGCGCCAAGGACAUUUUCACUGAGGAAGAAUUCGCCACGACGGACAUCUUCUCUGACACGCUUCUGUCGCCCAAAUUGGCGCUCAAUUGCGUCGGCGGCGAGAGUGCUGAGAAUCUCCUGACCCAUCUGGCGCACGGCGGCACCUUUGUCACGUACGGCUGCAUCUCCAAGAAGCCCACAACGAUUCCAGCCUCCGUUUUCAUCUAUCGCAACAUCAAGUGCUGCGGCUUUUGGCGCACAAACUGGACGAGCGAGAAUCACGGCAGUCCCGAGCGCGUCCGCAUGCUGGAGGAGAUUGUGGCCAUGUACCAAGCUGGGGAGCUCCAAGUGCCGCCGACAGAGUUCGUGCCCAUCGAGAACUUCCGGGAAGCCUUCGAGGGUGUUCAAGGGAAAAAGUGUAUUCUAACCUACGAAUAA